AUGAUCAAAGAAGCUAGAGCCAAACCUAUCAUUAUACUGUUAGAGGAAGUCAGACUGUAUGCAAUGAGGUCAAUCGCUAGGAACAAAGUGAAGUUUAGUUCGAACACUGGUAUUCUACCACCUAUACAGCGCAGCAGAUUGAAAAAAAUAAGGAAGGAGUCAAAGAGUUGGGUCCCGAUAUGGUCUGGUGACUCUGAGUACGAGAAAUUCGAAGUUCACGGAUGGCCGACUAACAUGGUUGUUGAUCUGGGAAAGAGACUCUGCACAUGUGGGAUGCCGUGUGUGCAUGCUUGUGCUGCAUUGGCAAGGGUUGGUAGAAGACUAGAUGAGUUUUGUCACCAGUGGUUGACAAUGGAAGCAUAUAAUAACACAUAUGCCUUCCAUAUCAACCCAAUUCCAGGUCAAGCCCUAUAG